UUUAAAAUCUUAAACAGAAAACAGAAAAAUGGAAAUUCAUUCAACAUAUAUCAGCUUUGCCUUGAAACCUAAGUAUUUGGACAAGAAAUGACAUUAACCCCCGAACCGAAACCAAACAUCCUUUGACUCUACUUUAACCAAACCCCAUUAAAUUACCCAGAUCAGAUCUCUCUUCUCUCAUUCAACAAUCCAAUCUCAGGUAGCAAUUUUGAUUGAAGCAUAAUAUCUUAACAAUUCAAACUCGAAAAUAAUUGAAAUUGAGUUUUAAUUAACAAUUCGAGUUUUGGGAUAUGGCUUUUAGAUGAGGAAUUAGGAGAUGGUAGAGGGUAUUUUAGAUCCAGAAAAGGUUGAGAAUAUUACAGAAGUUUAUUACAUUGAUAGCGCAAACCAAGCUUCUUUACUUCCUAGGGAGCCUUCGUUCUCGGGCUGGUGUGAAGAACAUGACCUACCACAUAUGCAUCGUCAGCUUCAAAAUUCUGAAGCAAGUGUAGAAGACUCUGAUUUUGAAUUGCCUUCGCUUCAAGAGGGUGAGUUAGAAAAAAGGAUGAAGCUGAAUGGAGGGAAUACUAUGGUUGAUGAUUCCGUACUUGAUAAAAGGAGUGGAGAUGAAAAGUAUGUGCCGUUUGAUAUUGAAAAUGGUUCUGUAAGGGAGAUAAGCUUAUCAAAUAUUGGUGUUGAUGGCCCCAGAUCGAGUGGUGAUAAUGGAACAUUGCCACCACAUUCUAGGAGCUAUGUUUCUGCCGCUGAUGUGUUGAAGACAUUGUUUUUCAUACUUAUGUGGUACACUUUCAGCACAUUUUUGACCUUGUAUAACAAAACUCUGUUGGGAGAUGAUAUGGGAAAGUUCCCUGCUCCUUUAUUGAUGAAUACUGUCCAUUUUACAAUGCAAGCUGUUUUAUCAAAAGCAAUCACUUGGUUCUGGUCUCAUAGGUUUCAACCUUCUGUUGCUAUGUCAUGGAGGGAUUACCUUUUCAGAGUUGUACCAACGGCUCUAGCAACAGCACUGGAUGUUAACUUGAGCAAUGCAUCCCUUGUUUUCAUCUCUGUUACUUUUGCCACAAUGUGUAAAUCUGCUGCUCCUAUAUUCCUCAUUUUAUUUGCUUUCGCAUUCAGGCUGGAGUCUCCGAGCUUUAAACUUUUAGGUAUCACAGUGGUUAUCUCUGUUGGAAUCUUAUUAACAGUUGCAAAGGAGACUGACUUUGAGUUUUGGGGUUUUAUUUUUGUUAUGCUUGCUGCUGUGAUGUCUGGGUUUCGCUGGUGCAUGACUCAAAUUCUUCUACAGAAAGAAGCUUAUGGUCUUAAAAAUCCACUUACCUUGAUGAGCUACUUGACUCCUGUGAUGGCAGUGGUGACUGCUCUUCUUUCCCUUUUUUUGGAUCCAUGGCAUGAAUUCAGAGAGAACAAUUACUUCAAUAACUCGUGGCAUGUCACUAGAAGUUGCUUGCUGAUGCUUUUUGGUGGAACUUUAGCCUUUUUCAUGGUAUUGACAGAAUAUGUACUUGUCUCAGUAACAAGUGCUGUCACGGUAACAAUAGCAGGUGUUGUUAAGGAAUCUGUAACAAUAUUGGUUGCAGUUUUCUACUUCCAUGACAAGUUUACUUGGUUAAAGGGCAUUGGUCUCUUUACAAUCAUGGUUGGUGUCAGUUUGUUCAACUGGUUCAAAUACCAGAAGCUAAAGAAGGGUCAUGCAAGUGAAGAUGACAUUUUGAGUUCACCCACAGCAAACGUUUCUGCAAAAUAUGUUAUCCUAGAGGAGGUUGACGAUCUAGAUGAGGGUUGGUGUUAUGAAGAAAAACUUGUUGCAGGUGUCAAUGCUAAAUUGGUCUAUAUAUGCACCCCUCCUCUCUUUUUUUUCGAGGUGUGGGCAUUGGGAGGGUCCUUGCUAAAAUUUAUUGCAGUUCUCAAGCAUUAUAAUGCCCCCAAUAAAAAACUGAGUGUUCUGAUAUGCUCUUUUUUAUCACUUCAAACACUAGUUGCAAAGGAGACGGACUUUGAGUUUUGGGGUUUUAUUUUUGUUAUGCUUGCUGCUGUGAUGUCUGGGUUUCGCUGGUGCAUGACUCAAAUUCUUCUACAGAAAGAAGCUUAUGGUCUUAAAAAUCCACUUACCUUGAUGAGCUACUUGACUCCUGUGAUGGCAGUGGUGACUGCUCUUCUUUCCCUUUUUUUGGAUCCAUGGCAUGAAUUCAGAGAGAACAAUUACUUCAAUAACUCGUGGCAUGUCACUAGAAGUUGCUUGCUGAUGCUUUUUGGUGGAACUUUAGCCUUUUUCAUGGUAUUGACAGAAUAUGUACUUGUCUCAGUAACAAGUGCUGUCACGGUAACAAUAGCAGGUGUUGUUAAGGAAUCUGUAACAAUAUUGGUUGCAGUUUUCUACUUCCAUGACAAGUUUACUUGGUUAAAGGGCAUUGGUCUCUUUACAAUCAUGGUUGGUGUCAGUUUGUUCAACUGGUUCAAAUACCAGAAGCUAAAGAAGGGUCAUGCAAGUGAAGAUGACAUUUUGAGUUCACCCACAGCAAACGUUUCUGCAAAAUAUGUUAUCCUAGAGGAGGUUGACGAUCUAGAUGAGGGCACUUGACUGUUCAGUUAUUGCAUCACAUGAAUUUUAUAAAUUUUAUGUUGGUGUUAUGAAGAAAAACUUGUUGCAGGUGUCAAUGCUAAAUUGGUCUAUAUAUGCAGUAUUUAGGGUGGCAAAGCUUUGCCUUCAUUUUUAUUGCUCCUCAAGCAGGCCAGUGGCGGAAACAAGAAAAGUGCGCAUACAAUAUUUGGGGUUGAGGCCAAUCCGCAUUCGCGAGAGAAACCCAAUUCUAACAGGAGGUUCCCUCCAAACUUUUCGUAGUGAAAAUUUUGUCUCCUGUGUAAGAUACAUGCUUCAAAAUGGUCAGUUUGAAAUCAUUUUAUUGUCACUUACUAGUUUUUGAGUUGUUUAGACAUUGAGGAUGUAAGUGGCAACC